AUGCACAGACUCGCAGACCGCGGCCAAGGCUCGAUCCUCGACGCCCUCGACUCUUCCGUGGAAGCUCAGAGGAAACACGAGGCGGCGAUCAAGGCGAAGGGGGUGAGAGAGGCGAAGGCGGCCGCGCAGACGACCGCUUCUACUCGACAUCAACGUACAACGACACCUACCCCACACACGCCCAACCGCCCCCGCCGACCGCUCCCCCUCCCGAGCAUUUUUGGCGUGACAACGCCAGCGGGCGGAUGCGGCUUUGUCGCGCAACACGCGCAGGUGGUGCUUGGAGCUCUCGCGGAAGAUGAGCUAGGAGCUGGAAUACUUAGAGGAACAGGGUCUAUUGAGCUCAAUUUCAUUUCGGAGGCUACGGCGCACAGAAAUGGUAGUAUGAAUGUGCUGCUGGCUGGCGGACAAGAUCAUGUCCUCGCCGCGCUGGCCUCCUCGUGCUUUCCAGGCAGACUCCGUGCUGCCGCACCCUUACUACCAUGCCUUCACACCCCUAACACGCCCUCCCUCCAACCCCAACCACCCCACCAGCGCAGCCGGGCCAACAACAACCAUACACCCCACGCACACACUCGCGGCAUGCCUCCCUCCCUCACCUCCGCCUCCAUCCGCCACACCGACUCAGCCGGCGACCUCGAAGUCCACUUCGACCCCUGCGACCCGGGACUGAAGUACGCGCUCGUCGCGGAUACAGCGAGCUCUCGGGCUCCUGCGGCCGCGUACACCCUGAAAGACGACAAGCGCUUCAAGGACGGUGUACCGGACAAUGAUAUUUGGGUGUACCGCGGUACGCUGCUCCGGACGUCCGAGACGAUUCAGGUCGUGGUCAAGGUGGCGUUGACGCCAGAGGCGCUCGAGGAGCUUGUCAACGAGGGCCGGUUUUACUGUCAACGGUUGGACGUUGCGCCGGGUGUACCGGUCCCGGUAUGCUACGGCGCGCAUCGGGUACUCGAUACGGAGCUCGUUCAGGAGAAGAUGUAUGCGUGGGGAUGUCUUGUGCUUGAGGAUUGUGGGGAGGCGCUGGGGUCGUUUGAUGGGGAGGUUGAUGAGGGGUUUCGGUCAAGCCUCGUCAACGCUGUUCUCGCUCUCCACGCCGCUCAGAUCAUACACGGCCAGCUCGAUCCGCGCCAUGUUCUACUGCGCGACGGCCGUCCUUAUAUCGUCGAUUUCAGCCGAGCCAGUGCCGUUCAUGCUUGUGCCGGCUCUAAGUCGUUAUCAGGGCUCGGGGAUGACUGUAGGCUCGAGUUCGGACGCGAGAUCGAUCCUGGGAAGGACGGAUUUGGUUGCGAUGAGCUGUAUGAGGUUUUGAAAGCUAUGCGUGUUUUGAGACCUGCGACACUGCGCAUGUGCGGCACGGACCAUUGGGACGCACGACUAAUACAAGACCCGCAAGCGCUAGCCGACGAGGCUCUAGCAUGGCAAGACGGACUCACCGCGACAGAGGCGUUCGAGGUGGCGCAUGAGGCUAUACUCAGAUAUUACCGGGAGUGGAUGCCUGGCUCGGAUGAGGUUGCGCGUCAGGAAGAUGCGUCGUAUGUCCGAGGAGCGCGGUAUCGAGAUGAUAUGAAAGCGUAUGCGGGGUCGGUGGGCGGACGCGGGGUCUUUCUGGAGUAUGAAGAGGAGAAGGCAACAGCUAUCGGUAGCGUCGUUGAGUCCAGAGGAGACCUUGAUGGCCGUCUCUACCACCCCACAACUCCUCUCAUUUCUGAAAAACACCCGCCAACCGCUUUCGCCUUCGCGCCCCUCCGCAUCACCUUCGACGGCAUUGUGCAGGCCAGACGCGGUCGACUCCCAACAGAGACUCAUACUCGUGCCGUGGAGCAGACGUUCGUCGGCGCACUCAGCACCGGACGGUGUUUACUCUCCGUCAUCGGCGUGUUGAAAGCCGGACGGCCUGAGAACAGUGUAUACGUCUACCGCGCAAUACUCACGCUGGCCGACGAUGUGGACGACGCCGGAGUUGCGGUUGUCGUCAAGGUGGCGGCUAGCGAGGACGCGCAGAGGAGGCUCGUGGAGGAAGGACGAUUGUACGCUGGAUGUCUGGCCGAGCUGCAGGGCGUGCAUGUUCCGUCAUGUUAUGGCGCAUACGAUGUGCGCUUGCCGGAAUCCGCGCGAGGGCUCAGAGACGCGUAUGGUUUUUUGAUGCUGCAGGAUUGUGGAAGCCAUGUUGCGUCGUUUGAAGGAGCCGACGUCGACGAGGAUUUCCGAGAUGCGACGUUCUCUGCGCUGAAGAAAAUACACGCGGCGGGGGUCAUGCACGGGGAUAUACAGCCGAAACACGUCGUCAGAGGCGUCGAAGGGAGAUCAUUCAUCGUGGACUUUAGCAAAGCCAGCAGCGGUCACGCCUGUACGAGCCUGGAUAUGGCUUGGAACCAAUUCCUACUCUUCGAUCAGCCUCAGUGUCCUAAGAUAUACCGGGCAGCUCGGGAAUUGCGCGUUCUUGCUCCAGACGAGUUCGAAUGGUACGGCACCCUCUUCCCAAUCACGUACCUUAACCAGGCGGAAGAGCUCGCGCGUCGCGCGCCUUCGAGCUACGAUGAGGUCCCUGCGCUUGCGCUGUGGGACGCGUAUGUGGCCAUCUUGGCUUACUAUAAGGAAUGGUUCUGGGACGCGGCAGUCGAGCUAUCCGGACGUCUGCAGCACUGUUUGGUUAGGGACUGUGAGGCUUUUGCGCGGAGAAGGACGGAAGAGGCUGACGCGACGCGGGAGAUGCAGGGCUAG